GGGGCAAUGCCUGACGUUAUCUUGUCCCCAGACCACUUUGUGAGCGUUCUGCGCUGCAAGGUGGGCUGCGAGAGCGAGCUCACCCCCAACGUAGGCGGCUACUUUGUGGAGAAGUUCGUGGCCACCAUGUACCACUACCUGCAGUUCGCCUACUACAAGUUGAAUGAUGUGAGGGAUGCGGUGCGCAGCGUCUCCAGCUACAUGCUCUUCGACCCGGAUGAUGCGGUGAUGCAGCAGAACUUGGUGUAUUAUCGCUUCCACCGCGAACGCUGGCACCUGCAGGAGGAGGACUUUGAGCCCCGGCCGGAAGCCGUGCGCUACUACAACAGGACGGCUGCACAGAAGAAGAUGCUGGAGUUUGCCAAGCAGUACCUGCAGGCUGACGAUGAGAUGGAGGUGGAUGAUGGUGAGGAGCUGGACCUGCAGGAUCUGCCCUCAGACGGCGAGUUUGAGGGCGAAGGGGACUACGAGGAGGGCUUCUUUGCAGAGUGGUGGCAGGAGCCCAACACCAAAGGGGACAAAGCCGAUGAAGAGACCCUCUGAUGUACCAGGAGAAGGGGAUCCUGGCUCUGACAGAGCAGAAUGGCUGUGAUGCCAUCCUGGGGACUCCAGGCUCCAUGCUGCACAGGAACACAGGUUCAUCGAGAAGGGUCGAUCCUGCCCAGUGCUCCCAGCAGGACUGCCCUUUCCACUGGGACAUCACUGCCCUAAUUCCUAUCAGAGGAGCAGCCACACCACCGUGCCACCACCUGUCUGGUGCCCCCUGAGCCCCCCAGCCCCGAUGUCCCUGGGAGCCCUGGCAGCGGUGCCCCGUGGCAGCACUGGGAUUUGCUGUGCCUCUUCACUCCCCCUCAGGAGCCACAGACAAGGAGGCUGGCACCAAACUGCUGUGUUGCCUUGUGGGUUCUGGGCACGGCGGUGGUUCUGCACAUCCUCAGAGCUCACUCGGGGCUCCUGCUCUGGUGCUGGCAGCAGCCCACCCCCACCGGCAGGUCCAGAGACCCCUCCUCCCCCCCCGGAGCCCACGGCUCGGUGCUGAGCGGUGCUCCCCGGACACGGCAUCCCCUUGCCGGUGCAUCCCGUCACCGCCUCUGCCCCGCACGUGCCUUCAACUCUCUCCACACCAGACCUCCAUAGCUUUAAGCUCCAUUAAUUUAAUACUUCCCGUCUUCUCGCUUUUUUUGUUUGUUUUGUAUUUUAAAUGUACUGGUGCUGAACUUUUAAUAAAAUCCGGACCGGUCUUUUGA